AUGAGCAUGAGUUCCGUAGACAACAGCGAAAGCAUGAACAACAAUACUGUAUCCAUUGAUGAGACCCUUGCCACCAUUGAGGUGAUGCGUCGCCAAGAAGAGAAUGCCUACACUGUAUCUGAUUAUCUUUCUCGAUUGCCUGCGAGUGUCACCGUGGAAGAUCCCCCCGUAGACGCGCAGUGCCGAGUGAUCAUGCAAAAGUGGGGUAAAGAGAUCGCUUCCUACUGUGGCUACAACACUGAGACUGUAGAUAUUGCCAUGAACUGCUUGGAUCGUUUCAUGUGCACCACAGAUGGCUUCUCCGUCCUCUUUGACCGCAGCCAAUAUCAGCUGGCUGUCAUGACAGCGCUUUACACGACUGUCAAAAUUCACGAACACGAAGCCAUGGAUCCUCAGCUGAUUGCAAACCUCAGCCAAGGCGCACAUAGUCCACAAGCUGUCGAAGCAAUGGAAGUGCGAAUGCUCCGUGCCCUCGAAUGGAGAAUGAACCCACCCACUCCCAUGUCCUUUGUUUCCAAGAUUCUCGAUCUUGUUCCAGUUCACCUUAUGGACGGAGACGAGCGUCAAGCCAUCAUGGACUUGACCAAGUUUCAGCUCGAACUGGCCAUGGAAACUUAUCAAUUCUCCAUUCUAUCAGCCUCUUCGAUUGGUAUUGCGUCUCUCCUCAAUGCAGUGGAAUCCGUGUCUACCAACGCGGCCUUUGUCAAGGACUUUGAUCAAUCGGUCUGCCGAUUGGCCAAUGUCGACGCGACAGAACUUCGGGCUGUCCGCAUCAAUUUGUAUGAAUCCAUCAAUGGUGUGGAACCAAUGGACAUGCAUUUCACUGCGGAUGAUGUCGAAGACGAUACUGUCAAUGACACUGCCAAAUUCUCGGAAACUAACCACGAAGUCGGUACUUCUCCAAGAUCUGUCAGCAUAUGA